CUGGGAUCUUGGCACGCCAGGAACAGUACGACCACUUGUAGAGUGCCUAUCUUGCCACGUUCGGGGUCUCCACAAGGGAUGAUGUGCGCAUGAAAUACAAGGAGACACUGGCAUCCCUCAGCAGAGGUUUAAUGAUGACUGAGCUGAGCACAACGUCCCUGCUUCUGACAGAAACCAGCCCAGACUAUACGGAUAAUGAGACUGGUUGCCAAAUACACAGUUUAACUGAUGUGAUCCUUGAUGGUGUCACUGUGCUCAUCUGUCUCUUCGGGCUGGUGGGCAACGGGAUCGUCCUCUGGCUCCUCAGCUUCUUCAUUAAGAGGAAUCCCUUCACCGUCUACAUCCUCAACCUGGCCGUAGCAGACUUAAGCUUCCUCCUCUGCCUGCUUGUUUACCUCAUACAUUAUACUGUGGAAUCUCUCUUCUGUUUCUAUGAAUUUGGGCACUUUCUGAGGUUUUUACAACUGCUGUUUCUGUUCGCCCACAAUACCAGCCUGUACUUCCUGACGGCCAUCAGCGUUGAGAGGUGUCUGUCUGUCUUCUACCCCAUCUGGUGCCGAUGCCACCGCCCCAAGCACCUGUCUGCCCUUGUGUGUGCCCUGCUGUGGGCGCUCUCCUGCCUGGUAACCGGACUAAUGUCUUAUUUUUGUGUUUUUGUUGGAACUGAACACUGUCCGAUGUCACACAUAGCCAUGUAUGUUCUGGAUUUCCUGAUUUUCGCUCCCAUCAUGGUUCUGUCCAACCUGAUCCUGUUCAUCAAGGUCCGAUAUAGCUCCCAACAACGUCAGCCUGGAAGGUUCUACAUUGUUAUCUUGCUCACCAUCCUCUUCUUCCUCAUCUUUGCUGUUUCCUUCGGUAACCAGCACUCUGGCUGGUAUUUUAAUUCUUUUAAUAUGCCCAUUGAGAUAGGUAAUGCAUUGGCCUGUUUAAACAGCAGCAUUAACCCACUUAUUUACUUUUUAGUUGGGAGCUACAGGAAGCGGCGGUUCAGGGGCUCUGUUAAGGUCGCACUCCAGAGGGUUUUUGAAGAGCAUGCAGAUUCCAGAGAAGACAGAGAAGCCACCAGGACAGACACAAUGGAGAUGGCUAAUUAAAUCCCUACAGCACCCAGCCUCAGAGACCUUAUUGUGGAUGUGGAGCUUUAUUAAUCAUAUGAAAAUUAGCAGCUUCCUACUUGUUUAAUUUUUCUCUAAUUUUCCAAAUACCAUAUUUGUUUGGCACUUGGUUAUGAUGUUAUGUCUGUCUUGGAAAACUCGUCAGCAUGGUCUCUGGGCCUAUCAGAUAUAUUUUACACAUCCCCCAAGUUAUAUCUCCAGUGAGUGUAUAUGUAUGCAAGGUGACAGAAAAUAAUUUCUGCUUCUGACUACAAACCCAUCUACUAGAAAGAGGGAUUGGGGAAAAAAGGCAUUUUGACAGGGUGGGCAUGAGAGGAAAUAACAUACUGACAUUAACAUCGAUGGCAACUUUAUUAUAUCUGCCCAAACCAUAAGAACUAAAAAGAACAAAAGUUAUUCUAAAGCACGAAAUACAUAUAAAUAUCUACCUAAUUAAACAACAUACACAUUGCCCAAUUCAGUAUUAAGUAUGAUCAUUAGAAAAUUUAAAUAAGUCCAGUGGGACACAAAUAAAAGAGCAGUGAGUGCGGGAAAUGCAAUGGCUAGAGAUCACCCAAUAGCUAUAAAUAGGGGCCCUACCAAAUUCACAGCUGUGAAAAACACAUCACGGAUGGUGAAAUCUGGUCUUUUGUGUACUUUUACUCUAUCCAAUCAAGAUUUCAUGGGGGAGUCCAGCGUUUCUCGAACUGGGGGUCCCAAGCAAAAUGCGGUUCUGGGGAGUUGCAAGGCUGUUGUAGGGGGGGUCACAGUAGUGCCAUCUUUACUUCUGCAUUGCUUUAAAAGCCGGGCACUGGAGAGCAGUGGAUGCUGGAUGGACGCCUAGCUCUGAAGGCAGUGCCACAUUAAGCAGCAGCGCAGAGGUAACUGGGGCAAUACCAUAUCGUGACACCCUUAUUUCUGGACUGCUGAAGACAGUGGUGCUGCCUUCAGAGCUGGACUCCCAGCCAGCAGCCGCAGAGCUUCCUGCAGCUGGGGGAGGUUCCCGAAGGUGGGUCUGACACGGGAGCGGCACCUGCAAGGGAAGAGGAAGUCCCAUCCCUCACCAUGCUGGCCAGAGCCAGCAGCUGGAGCUUGGUGUAAGGUAGGAGCCCUCGGCCAGGGCACCUCCAGCCCUGCCCCUCCUCGGCUCCAGCCCAGCGCCCUGGCACUCGGGAGUUAAAGGCACCUUGGGAUGGCUGGGGGGGGAACCACGGAACCCCCCCAACCACAGUACCCUGGGCGGUCACCCAUGUCGCCCACCCAUAAGGCCAGCCCUGCUCCUCCCCAACAGAAAGCGCCCAGACAGCAGCUACUGCUCUCUGGCCACCCAGCUCUGAAGGCAGCGCCACCACCAGCAACAGCGCAGAAGCAAAGGUGACAAGAGCAUGAGCCCACUACAAUCGCUUUGUUACCUCCCCCAUAGCCUCCUUUUGC